GGCCGGGGCGAAUCACGUGACCCUCUCCCAAGCGGAGUUUCCACGACAGCUGGAAGCCGAGCGGCACGGGCGCAUCGCUUUCUUUGCUAAAAUAAUCGGAAAUAAAACGACUUGAGCUCGUCUCAGCAACUCCACAGAAACCCUGGUCUGGCAUGGGCGACAAGAGGAGUCCCACAAGGCCGAAGCGUCAACCGAAGCCCUCCUCCGACGAGGGGUUUUGGGACUGCAGCGUGUGCACGUACAAGAACACGGCAGAGGCUUUUAAGUGCAUGAUGUGUGAUGUCAGGAAGGGGACGUCAACAAGGAAGCCUCGUCCCGUCUCCCAGCUCGUCUCUCAGCAGCAGGUAACGCAGCAGUUCGUGUUGCCCUCGCAGCCCAAAAAGGAAAAGAAGGAGAAGGUAGAGAAGGAGAAGAGCGACAGAGAGCCGGCGCUUAAGAAGAACAGUCACAAGAAGAUGAGGCCGAGGUUAAAAAACAUCGACCGCAGCAGCGCCCAGCACCUGGAGGUGACGGUCGGCGACCUGACGGUCAUCAUCACGGACUUCAAGGAGAAGGCCAAGCCCACGUCCACCUCGGCCCCGCCGGCCAGCACCGUGUCCGCCGCCGACCCCCACAGCCAGAACGGCUCCAGCUCAGAAGCCACAGAGAAGGGGCUCUCCCGCUCUUCCUCGCCCAGAGGGGAGGGCAGCUCGGUCAACGGAGAGUCCCACUGAGUCCCCCCCCCCCCCCCCCCACCCUCCCCACUCACUCCUCCCCCCUCCUCAAAAACCUCCCCCUGCCCUCCACACACAUCUCAUCUGCGAGCAAGGUGGAGAGCUGCACAUUACCUUCUUUUGGAGAUAUAGGAACUGUGAUCAAAACACAUUUAGAGAGUUUGAAUGACUCUCAUUCAGAAAAGCAAUAUGGAAGACCUUUGCUCCGUCUUGGACGUUUUUUCUCCUGAACAUUCGGUGUAAUGGAGACGUUCUCGCACGCUGUCUGCUAGAAUACUUACUAAGACAGUUUUAUUCUGACGAAGAACUCCCUCAGAACUGACCUGAGACCUGUCUGAAUAAAAGAUCUGGACGAGCUUUAAGGACCCUGUGCGGUUUUCCUUCCGAUGCACCUGCCCUUUCCUUUUUCUGAAAUGUGCAGCCCCGACCUUACCUUCAGUGGCCGGCAGAGUGACCUCUCCCUCCUCCGUGUGGAACGUUGCUCUGUCUGGAAUCUGACGCGCUAUAAACGCUCUCCCGACGCUGAACCUUCAACCUCACUGCAAACCCUCGCUCCUGCUCGCCAUUACUCCCAGCCUUCACUCGUGGACUGCCUCUGCUGCGGAGGGACUUUUUUGACGCAGCAUUGCCGGGUGCCAUUUGGUGCUUUUGGGUAAUGUUCGGAGCGGGAUGUUUAGUUCAGGUAAUGCUUGCUAUGACUGUAUACGGUUAAAGCCCUGUUUUAUAUGGUGCGGGUAAAGGUGCAGUUCAUGAUAGUAAAGGAUAAUACCGGUAGUCUACACUGCCCCUUGCGUCACAUGUUAGAAAUACUUUCAGGGUUUGGUUAUUCUACGUUUGCAGACAUUCAUUUUGUGCAGAAUAUAAACAACCGCACACCUGCAUUAAGUGAUUAUUUUUUUAGCUAGCAUUUCUCUAGCUAAUCUCAUAGUUUUGAUGUCCAUAUAUAGACAAACCACACACUAUCCAUGUGCAGCAAUGUAAAACUGUGGUGACACUACAUGAGCUACGAUAGAGGUGCAGAUCAAACCUGACCUAAAAGUAGGCUAAACAUUAGGGCUGUGAGAAAAUCUCACUUUGAGUAUCGUCCGAAACACUAUUGAUCUUCAUUUAAUAGUUUACAUGCAGGCAGUGUGGCUCAGAGUGCACUAGUAGAAGUGCUCAUGUGCGGUGUUGCAGGGACUGUGAUAAAUGCAAACGCAGAUCCCGCUGUUUUGAUUGCAUUAAAAAAAAGUUCAAAUGUUCUUUUACUCAGGUUUUGUUUGUUGCUCAUAGAGUUGUGGUUUUAAUAACACAACAGUAUUUAAUUGUCACACCUGUAUCAUGAUAUGUUUGAUUGUAGCGCUACACCAGAAACGGUAAUCCAAGAGGAUGUUAUGUUAAGGUAAUACCAUGCUAACGUAUUAGCCAUAACAGCUACAAUCUGUCUGUGUCAUGCUACUGGAGAAAAAAAAAUCACUUAAUGCAGCUGAGUCUUAAUUCCUUAACAUUGUAAGAACAUGAUUUAAUGGAUUUCUAAUUUCAAGUCUUCAAGUUUGUUUUAGAGACGGAAAGAAAAUGUUCAGUUGUCGACUAAAUGUUUAGUUAAGGGACUGUGGCUGCAAAAGACUCCGGUAUUCUCCUUUUUCAAAUAUCCGCUGCACCUGCUCAGCGCCGCAGUGGACGACCAGAGGGGGGGCUCAUGCUGCUUGCCCCCCCCCCCCCCCCAGCGUGGGUCCAGUUCGGACAAAGCAUGGUGCUUCUACAACGAAAAAUGGGGCUUUGACUUCUGGACACGCACAAUUAAUGUGACGGCCUGCGGUGUGAUGGACUUAAGAAAAAAACGCUUCCUCCAUUUUGACGUAGCAAAGUGGGGGAGCUUUAGGAAUAUACUAAACCCCCCCCCCCUCAGCAGAACAACUAUAGAUCAACACGAUAACUUAUGAAACCUGUAGAGUACUUCACAGAUACAUUUCUAAAAAAAAUAUUGUACUGCAAUGUUUUGAUGUGGUUGUAUUAUCCAUCAUAGCAGAGUUGUUGUCCAGAUCUUUACUUUUGACAUGUUUAGCACAGAUCCUGAGAACUGUCAUGGCAUGAUGAUAUUACGGUCUCGGUAUAUUGUGGGACAGGCUAUGUCUCUUAGUUUGUUUAGCAUCGUUUCAUGUGUCGCAGGUCUCAGGGGUUCAACGCACUAGCUGGGACUAGCUGUGUGGACCUGUGGGAUCUGUCCCGACUCACACCUGUUAUCCGUUUGUGGCGAAAUUUGACACUUAAAAUAUGUUGGUUGUCACCUGUUGAUAUUAUUUUUUUUGUCUUGCUUUGCCAUGUUCAAUUGUUUUCGAAAAUGUGUGAACUUGUUUAUUACAUGUCUGAAUAAGAAAAUUUAAACAAAAGCUAUCAUUUCA